AUGAGGAAAGGCUUCUUUUCCAGAGUGCACUACAGUAAUUGCGUUCAUCACAAGUAUAAAAAAAGCACAGAAAAGUACAACAGCAAAGGUGCGGGUAAGUUAUUAAAGAAUCUGAAUUAUUACUCAAGAAAUGAAAAGAAAGAAAUUUUAAAAAAAAUUCAUGAAAAUAUUAUUCUUAAAAAAAAUCAUUUGAAAGAAGAACUGUCCCAAUUUUAUAUAAAUGAUAAAGAUGUGAAGGAAAUUUUCGAGAAGGAAAAAAUUUCUGAUCAGGAUGAUAAAUUAGCGAUAAUUAAGCAGGUGGAAAGUAACGAAGAAGCGCUAAUAAGUAAGUUUAACAAUUUCUGCGAUUUGCUUCAUUUUUCUUUACAAAAUUUAGAGAGACAAGGGGGACCAUCCGCAAACAAGAGGAGGACAUUUAAACCGAGUGAUAUCAUCAACUGCGCAAACAACAAUGUAUUUGAGAUACACGAAUGGGUUACAACUAAUUUGGACUUGAUAAAAAAGUUUUUGGUUUUCAUUGAUAAAAAUUUAGACGCAUAUGAAAGAACAUCCCAUUGGUUUAAAACCUGUUUCUGCCUCAACAAGUUUGUAAUAUAUUUUUUUAAUUAUUCCUUCCCAUUCAUUGAAUUUUUCGAUUCGAAGCUCUUGUCCAAGUAUUGCCAUUUGUUUAUAAAAUUAAGCCUUUUGGACAAUUCUCCUUUUGUUUCUAAGCAGAAAGAGAAAAAGGUAGAAAAUAUAUACACUGUAAAUAUAUCAAAUGAGGAGAUCUUCGAUUUGGUAAAAAAUAACAACAAAAAUGUGAUCAGAUUGUUGUUACUGUUGAGUGCGCGGAAGAGCCACGUAUACAUGCUAUAUGUGAAGAAGACGAAAAUUAGAGAAUGGAUUGAAAAUGUGAAUUCUUAUCUUGUAGAAAGUGUGAUGGGAGGUCGAGGGGGGUCAAGGCAAAUGCCCAUGUUUGUAGACGAACCCAGUUAUGAUAGUAAAGAAGUUCUAGAACGGCCGUAUGAAGAAAAGUUUGGCGAAAAGGAUAACCAAAUGGACAACAGAACAAAUUACCAUAGCUACUUCAUUUGCCUAUAUUUCAAUCAGCUUUACUUAGUAAACAAAUUGGUGAGUAAUUAUGUUUCAUUCCUGCCCUAUAUGAAUGACAAUAUAUUGCCGCUUCUGGAUUGUAUAGGAGUAUUAUGUGAGGGCAUUUUAGAAGAGGACCAUUUGAGCGAAAGGAAAAUAAAAAAUCUGACUCUUCUUCUGAGCAGUAGGAAUGUAGAAAAAUACGUAAUAAAGGACAUAAUGGCAGAUGCUCCGUUAUCUAGGUGCAUUCAGAUGAGUGGAUAUGAUAUUGGGGGAAGGAAUUCACCCGUCAGUGCUAAGGUUGAAGAAAUGGGUUUCCCAGGUGAGGGGUUAAGUUACACGGAAAAUGGAAACAUGUUAGUGUGUGGGGGUGAUAGCAGAAGGACAAAUGGGUUUACGCCCCACGUGGAAGAAGAUUCACUGCUGAGGAGGAGCUUCUUCCAUGAGGAACGCUUUCUAAAACUGCACGUAAACACAAAGCGUAAUUUGAAACUCCUUUUUGAAAACAUGACGCAUUUCUUCAUCUUGAGCGACUGUGAAGGAAUCCUAAAAUUUUUGCAAACUGUGUACCUAACGAGAUAUAUGAAUAUGUGGAGCACAAAUAUUUUAUUCUAUAGCAUAUGGGUGAAUGCAGAAUUUUUAAAAAUGUACCAAGUGAAGAAUGUGUUGUUUUUUCUUUCCCUGUUUAAGAGCAACUUCAUUUUAAAGAACAUGGAUUUGGGAAGCUCCAUUUAUAGUUGGUAUAAUAAACAGUUAAUAUUCUACCUGAGAAAAAAGGUAGAAAUUUAUUUCGAAAACAACACAUUGGAAAGUAGCAUCAAGAGUGUGUUCAUCUUGUCCGAUUUAUUGAGUCACAACAAAGUGAUUAAAAAAAUUUUACUAAAAAAGUUAGUUCUGUUAAAUUUUAAUAAUACACAGCCGAGUCUUUUCUGUCAAAUUUUUUUCUUACUAAAUAAGCUAAGAUUUGAUGCAAGCAAUACGUUAUUUUGUGAGCUAUUUUUGAAACAUUACAAGAGGGUUAUUCACUCCUUGACGUGUGUAGAAACAUUAGAUUUGAUUAAAAAUGUGGAGUAUUUAAUAACUAGGAAGAAAAGAAAAAUAUUCGUCGUUCUGAUUUUGUAUUUUUUUAGGAAGUUUGAGCAAAGUACGGCUGCGGGAAGUAGCUCCCCCCCACUUCUCAAUGUAAGUUACAUUUUUAAGCUAAUGAACAUUAUAAACAAGUUUAAAUUGUUUGAAUAUUGCAGGAAGGAUUAUUUUUUGCCAAUUUAUCGAUUUAUUUUUUUCACAAAAGAAGGGAAAAAUGGAGUAGAGGAAGAAGCAGCAUGGGUCUCAUCCGAUAACCGCAAUGGUAUGGACACAUCGAAAUGUAACCACUAUUCUUUUUUAAUAAAAAAUAACCAAACGGUAUUGCUUGAUGUGGGGGAAGUAGAAACAAGGGAGAAAGGGAAAGGACUUCAACUGUUGAGGGAACAUAAAGGAUGUAAGGAUGCUUAUAUGGUUGAGCGAAAUCAGGAAGAUAUAAAAUUCGUAGGCAGUAAGCUAAAUGGGCAAAGGGACUUGAUGUGCACAAAAUACUUGAGGGUAAAAUUGGAAGUAUUAACAACCAGCGAAAUAUUAGAUUUAAUCUUCUUCAGCAUAAACAUAAGGAAAAAUGUUUACCUCAUUGGUGAGCUACAUACAGAACUGUUUUAUAGGAUCCUCCGAAAUGCGAACUUUUCGAAAAAGCAAGUAGCCCUAUGUUUUAGAAGCAUAUGGAUGUCCAGAGUUUUUCACCUCAACUUUUUUGAGGCCCUAACAGAAAUUGUAACGAACAACAUAAAAAUGGUUAGUAACUCCAUUUUCGCGUUGGAUAUAUUGCUAUGCUUGUGUUCGUAUAAGCAUAGGAACGUAUACGACCCUUUGAUAGUUUCCCUUUUUGAUAUAUGCUUCGACGAUAUUGAUAAAAUUUUAAAAAAUAUGAAAAUACAAGUUCUUUUUUACUGCUGUGUUGUAUUUUUGGAAGUGUACUACCCUCUGCUAUUUUUGAAAGUCAUAAGAAGAGGGAGAAACGUUUUUCGAAAAAAGGGAACGAACAGUUCAGGAAUGCGGCAAGGAGGUGGGGUAGGCUUAAAUGGAAACUUCCCGAAGAAGGUGGAACCUUUAGGAGGGAGUCAGCAAAAUGGAGUUCCUUGCAACCGUGUUGGUGACACCCCGGUGGAGCGUGAAAUAGAGACGAGUGUAAAAAGUAUGGAAAGGAAAGACGCACAGAAUGGGAUACAGAGCGAUAUACCCAGUGAUGUGGUGAACGACAUGCUAAGGGACCCAGUUGGAAGGGGUGAAAAGGAAGGUGAACUGAUAAUGGCGAUGCAAAAAAAAACAGACAUUUGUUUGGAGGACAGCGGAGAUCCUCAGAACACCGCCGAUGUACUAAAAUAUUUGAAGCAAGUUUUCCUUUUGCAGCAAAAAAAACUUGCAUACAGUUACGACCUAAUUAAGUUCUGUGAAAUAUUGCACAAAUUAAAGAUAACAAAGAUUAAGGUUAAUAAUAUCCCCAACGUUUUUUUUAAAAAUCACGAAAUUGAUGAUUUGCUUGUGUUGAAUGUGUUUUAUCCAGCCUUAAAAUUCUGCAUCAUUUUUACAAAAGGUGAGAAGGCAUCAAAAAAUUUGAACAAAAUGAUUCAUGUGUCGAAAAUUGGUAAGAAGUCGGACGUGCAUAAUGUGAACCAAGGCGCUGUGGACGUUUUACUCACUGAAGAAAAAAACUUUUCUGAAGGAGCGUUCAAUUCGCACAGAAUCCUCCGCUGUAAUAGAGAGAGUGUAAGUACCCCCGGUGAUGUUGAUAAGGACAACCUGUUUAGUAUCCCUUCUCACAACUGCCGCGAGAACGAUGUGGACAUCCUCGCGCAAAAACUAUAUUUACUUAAAAAGCACAAAAUAAACAACAUGGUAAUACCCAUAGAAAAGGUCGACUUGUUUUUUAAAGUAAACCUUGUGGAGGAACAAAAUGCGAUCAUAAACGAAUCGAACAUGAUAUUUGACAAGGUUUAUCAGCAAAUUUUAGCAAGUAAGAGGAGGGAGAUUUUGGCCGAUCGUAACAUCUUAGCAUCGCUUAUGAGGAAGCAGUUGGAGUUUAUUUUCCACUUAAGUUAA